AGUUGACAGAAAUGCGUUUUAUUAUUGUAGCACACAUUCGGCGAAUGUUUUGAAGUUGGUGUACGACGAACACGUGAAUAAUAAGCGCUGUCCGAUUUGUUGCUCGGAAUUAUUUCGAUUUUUGUUCGUCAUUUAUAAACAAAGUGUGAGGAUAAAAUGGAAGAAGUUUCGGCAUUUGCCGCGUAUCAGAAUCAAAACGGUGGUGCAGCGAAAAAAGUUGCAACGAAUAAAUCGCCCAAAGCAAAUAAGCAGAAAAAAGGCUACGUUCAGCAACCAACUGUAGAACCACAGAAGAAGCGUAAGCUAACGGAAAACUCUGGUGUACAAGCACACGCACAACCACAACCGCAAGCAACAGCAUCGAAAGCAUCAAAAACAUCGGCAGUAACAUCAAGUGUGGCCGCUGUGAAAGGAACCGCGGCAUCGUCCAUCGCAGCUAAGAAAAAAAAGACGACACAAAGUCAACCGAUCGGUGUGACCAUGCAGCAAAACGGGUCAGCCUUUGCAUCACCAUCACUAUCGAACAGCAAUGUGAAUUUGUCGAGCGUUGCAAAAGGACAAGAUGCGUUUGCUCAUAUUCUACAUGCUCCGGAUAAUAUGGAUAUCAAAAAGUUCAUGAAGGAACAUUGGGAAAAGCGGCCACUGCACAUUACACGCAGAAACAAUGAACACUAUGACAAUUUGAAGGUGUCAACAAGAACAAUCGAUGAAAUGCUCCGCAACAACAUAGUUGAGUUCACAAAAAAUCUUGACAUCACGUCAUAUGAAAAUGGUAUCCGUGAAACUCACAACCCCGAUGGACGUGCCUUGCCCGGUGCCGUGUGGGAAUUCUAUCAAAAUGGUUGCAGUGUUCGUUUGAUCAAUCCACAAACGUUCAUAGGCCCAUUGCACAAUUACUGCGCGACAUUGCAGGAAUAUUUUCACUGCCUCGUCGGUGCAAAUGUGUAUCUGACGCCGCCGAACAGCCAAGGAUUUGCACCACACUAUGAUGAUAUCGAAGCAUUUGUGUUGCAAAUCGAAGGGAAGAAGGAGUGGACACUGUAUCCGCCACGCAGUGAAAACGAGAAAUUGCCACGGGAAUCGUCUGGCAAUUUUGAACAAAACGAAAUUGGUGAACCAGCUUGUCAGCCGAUCAUUUUAACACCAGGUGACAUGCUCUACUUCCCACGCGGCUGGAUUCAUCAAGCAAAAACGGUACCCAAUUGCCAUUCACUGCACAUCACAUUGAGUGUUUACCAGAAGAAUUCGUAUGCCGAACUGUUUGAUGAAUUGACGAAGCAAGCGCUGAAAAAUGCCAUCGAUACAGAUAUCGCCUUUCGUCGUGGUGUACCAGUUGAUAUUUGGAAUGAGUUUGGUGAAACUUAUUCGGGAUGUGACUCGAGCGAACGCCGUGAAGCCAUGAAAAACGUUCUGACUCACAUGUUUAAUCGGUUGGUGAAUCAUUUGGAUUUUGAUGCCGCCGUAGACAAAAUGGCCGUCAAAUUCCAACACGAUGCUCUUCCACCGGUAUUGAACACCGCAGAAAAAGUACGCACGACAUUCGGAACGGCGCCGUUGUUGCAUAACAAUGGUAAAAUUGAAAUGCCCUCGAUGGACGAAGGCACCGAAGUUCGAUUGCUACGCGCACACAUUGUUCGAUUGGUGAAAGUCGAUAAUGCCUAUCACUUAUACUACUACGCUGACAAUUCAAAGGAAUAUCACGGAAGCGAUCUGAACUACAUCGAAGUCGAAGAAGCGACCGUCAUGUGUAUCAAGAAGUUGAUCCAAGAAUAUCCGAAAUACACACCGAUUCACAGUUUGUCGGAUAAUAUUGAGGAAGCAGAGACGGUGGUGUUGGACUUAUGGGAUCGUGGUUUGUUGAUGACAAAGAAGCCGCUAGAGUAAACGUCUAUCGACCAAGUAAAUAUUCUGAAAUAUUCCUGGUGUUAAUACGAAAUUAGAAUAUUCAAAAUUUGAUCAUAAGACUUUUGAUUUUCAAAUCAGUUAAAUAUAUUUCUAUCGUCAUGUUGAACAUAAAUUCUUAUCGUUUUACGAGAUCCCUAGAGAUUUCCACCAUUUUUAAAUACAUAAUAUUAAGAUAGACAUUAUUAUUUUUUCCCUGUGAAAACUGAAAAUAAAUCAAAUUCAACAACAAAGAAAAAA